GCUCGGUGGGCGCCACCGCCAGCCAAUUGCAGGGCGCGGACGGUGCUGGCCCCGCCUUUCAGAUCAGCUGAGGGAGCCGCGAUGUCUGUUGACAGCGGAGGCUGCGGCGCGGCCGGUUCCGGGUUCGGCGCGGGGUGGUGGAUAACCUGGCUGGCCGGCGGGAGGAGGCGUGGGCCUGAGGCCGGGAGGGCUGUGGGGAGAAGCGGCGUGCUGCAGCCUCUGCCUUCGCAGUUCGAGAUCCUCUGCCGACCUUUCUGGGUCUGGUUAGAUGUGAGUCCAAUGGAGCAGCCCCAGGAAGGCGAGCAGCCGCCGGCGCAGCAGCCGUGGGGGAGGCUUCUCCGCCUGGGCGCAGACGAGGGCGAGCCGCACGUCCUCCUGAGGAAACGGGAGUGGACCAUCGGGCGGAGAAGAGGUUGUGACCUUUCGUUCCCUAGCAAUAAACUGGUCUCUGGAGAUCACUGUAAAAUUAUAGUGGAUGAAAAAUCUGGUCAGGUGUCACUGGAAGAUACUAGCACCAAUGGGACAGUAAUUAACAAGCUGACGGUUGUUAAGAAGCAGACUUGCCCUUUACAGACCGGGGAUGUCAUCUACUUGGUGUACAGGAAGAAUGAACCAGAACACAAUGUGGCAUACCUCUAUGAAUCUUUAAAUGAAGAGCGAGGCAUAACACAAGACUCCCUUGAAGCUGAUAAGGAAAACGUGUUCCACAUGACCAAAGAUACCUCAGGUGUAGGGCGAGGUGACAACCCCCAGUUCCUCCCAUCCUUACCAGCCACUCAGGUGUGCUUUGAGGAACCACAGCCAUCCACAUCGACAACAGACCUCAUCCUCAGGGUCUCUACUUCUUCCAUGGAGCCUGCCCCUGCUGGGCGAGUGCCACUCUCCAGCUCUGAAGACCUAAAUAGACGUUUCUCCAAUGAAAUCAUACAGAAAAUCAAAAGGUACAGGAAAAGAGGCUCACCAACAUCAUUAAUGUCAGGGAAGUGCAAAUCAGAGCUGCAGGAGAUUUGUCUCACGCUGUCAGGAAUGCAUCAAAAAGACAAGAUAACAAGUGCGGGCUCCAGAGGUGUAUGUGUUUCCCCAAAAAGGUGUGGUUCAUCCGAGGCACGUGAUGACCUCUCUGACUUCCCUUUGGCUCUCCCAGAUAGAGAGGGAGCAUCCUUUUCUCUCUCAGAACCCCAGGAACCCCAGGAGCAGGAGGAUUUGGAGCCUGUUCAGAAGAGAAUGAAAGGAGAUGGCGAGCCUGGCCUGAACCUGCCUGUGUUGGUUACAGACCAGUGUAGAGACACUCCUGCCCUGAAAGAUGUCAGAGCUGCAGCUAUGAAGCCAGAUAAGAUGGAGGAGACACUCACAUGUAUCAUCUGCCAGGACCUGCUGCAUGACUGUGUGAGCCUGCAGCCCUGCAUGCAUACCUUCUGCGCAGCCUGCUACUCAGGCUGGAUGGAGCGCUCCACCCUGUGCCCCACCUGCCGCUGUCCAGUCGAGAGGAUCUGUAAAAACCACAUCCUCAACAACCUGGUGGAGGCAUACCUUCUCCAGCACCCAGACAAGAGUCGCAGCGAGGAAGAUGUGCGGAGCAUGGCUGCCAAGAACAAAAUCACUCAAGAUAUGCUGCAGCCCAAAGUCAGGAGGUCUUUCUCUGAUGAGGAAGGGAGUUCCGAGGACCUACUGGAGCUGUCAGAUGUGGACAGUGAAUCCUCAGAUGUUAGCCAGCCGUACAUUGUGUGCAGACAGUGUCCUGAGUACCGAAGGCAAGCGGCACAACCCCUCCCUUGCCCAGGGCCUGGCCCCGAGCCAGGGUCACUGCAGGCUCCCAGUGACACACCAUCUACGUCCACCAGCACCACCACAGCUCAGGGUUACAUGUGCGCCCUGCAAGGAAGCCACGCCAUAUGUACCUGCUGCUUCCAGCCCAUGCCCGACCGGAGGGCAGAGCGUGAGCAGGACCCCCGCAUUGCCCCCCAACAGUGUGCUGUUUGCCUGCAGCCCUUUUGCCAUCUGUACUGGGGCUGUGCCCGGGCUGGUUGCCUUGGCUGCUUGGCCCCAUUUUGCGAGCUUGACCUGGGUGACAGGUGUCUGGACGGUGUGCUGAGCAACAACAACUACGAGUCAGAUGUCUUGAAGAAUUACCUGGCAGCCAGGGGGUUGACGUGGAAAAACAUGUUGACCGAGAGUCUUGUGGCUCUGCAGAGGGGAGUGUUCUUACUGUCGGAUUAUAGGAUCACAGGGAACACCGUGUUGUGUUACUGCUGCGGCCUGCGAAGCUUCCGAGAGCUGACCUACCAGUAUCGGCAGAACAUUCCUGCUUCUGAGUUGCCAGUGGCUGUAACAUCCCGUCCUGAUUGCUAUUGGGGCCGAAACUGCCGCACUCAGGUGAAGGCCCACCAUGCUAUGAAAUUCAAUCAUAUCUGUGAGCAGACAAGGUUCAAGAACUAAGCAUUUGGGAGGCACUGAGUUGGCUCAGGCAGCAUAUGGAAAACGGAGUGUUUCAGAAAAUACUGUAUGCCAAUGUUGUAAGGGCAUUUGAGGCUCCCUCGGGACACUGGCGGGGGAUGGGGGUCUCUGCAUCCAGCACUCUGGUGUGACUUUCUCUUGGUGGGGUGAGACCCUCUCAGUGAGAUGCCCCUAGCAGCCUGGGAGGCCCAGGGUGGCCCACCCACCCUUCUUCUGAGCUCGGCUGCCCACAGAGCUUCGGCCAGAAGAACAGCCGUUAGAUAUCCCCUUCCCUUGAGAUGAUGAUGUGCAGGUUUGCUCUCAUACCUUUCCCACAGCUGUGUUAAAACAGACGUCUCUCUUCAAGAAAAGUUCCAUGACAGAUAAAGGAGAGUUUUUUGCGAAUAUUCUGUUGUUUAAAUAGAAAGGAGCAGACAUUCAUAGCCUGCGGGGUGUAGGGUGCCCUGCUUCAGGGAAGCUACAGUGCAGCAUCCUAUAUGUUUUCAUUUUAAUAGUUUUGGUGCUUAUCUUCUAAUAAGAUUUAAAUAUCACAAACUAGCACAGAUAAUAUAAUUUAUCAUUUACAAAUUGAUUAAAAUUGUGGAUAGCUUGAUAUUUGAAAGAACAUAUGUUUCUGUUCAUUAAAAAAAUCAGAUGUCCAGAACUCCUAAACCUAUACACCUAUAACCCUAUACAACCUGACAAUAAGUGCAUGGCCCCAGGCAAGCAAAAGUUGGGUCACUGCUGCCCCAAGCCUACCAUGGAGCAAAGUGCUGGUGGUGCCUGCUCUGCCAGCACAGCUGCAGGACCUGUCCCUGUCCCCACCUUCUUUGUCCCUUGCCUGCAAGGUCCCAAGGUGUGGGUUGGCCCUCGUGGCACUCCAGCCUGCCUGGAGCAGCCUCUUUCCACUGAGAGUAUGAGGGGUCUCUGCUUCCACUAGUCCUUGCCCACCCUUCCUGCAUUGGGUUUUGCCAUGUCAUCUGGAAUAAUACUUGAAAUUUUGUUCUUUGUCAAAAAAAUCUUUUAUCUUUUGUUGAAAUCACCUGUUACGUUUGUUUGCAAAAUUGUAACUUAUUGCUUCUCAGGAAUACGAUUUUGACUGUUGUCUUGCUCUUGAUACAGACUCUUGAGAAGCAGUGCUCUGUUUGUGGAAGGCCUCCUUCCUGGUUCUAAUAAAGAUGUGUCUGUUUCUCU